AUGUUCACGCCUAUCGAGACCACCAUCGGCGCAUUGCUGCUGCAUCAAGCAACUAGCAACCUCCUUUAUCAGAAUGGAGAUGUUCUGGGUGCCAGCGGCUAUCUACGCAAAUUCUUCUCAGCGCCCACGAAAGAACUGCUCGCCUUCUUUACUGGCAUGGCCGCCAGCUACGUGCCAUUGAAGGCAUUAGCACCACAGUUGAUCACUGAGUACCCUGCUUUACAGAUCAGUUCUCAAGUUGUCGUUGCAACAGUAGCAACUGGUGCCCUCAUAGGAUGGGGAACUAAGAUGUCGAAUGGAUGCACUUCCGGACACAUGUUGUGUGGUCUUUCCAGACUGAGUGGCCGCUCAGCCGUCGCCGUCGCUACGUUCUUUCCCACGGCAGUUAUAACCCAUCAUUUCGCUCACCCAAGUUUAUCGACGUCGACGACUGUGUCACUUCUUGUGUUGGCAGCGCUGAGCAUAAUCGCUACUCGAACGAUACCCGGAAUUGUGGCUCAAGUCACAGUUUCGCCCACCACCACCACCACCACCAAGGACACCAAAGAAGAGUCUGCUGCGCGUGUUACCACGCAAGCCUUGUCAGGUUUACUCUUUGCUCUUGGUCUCCAUAUUUCGCAAAUGGCACACCCAGACAAAGUUGCAGCCUUCCUCUCUUUCCCAAACUUGCAACACUGGGAUCCAUCCCUUGCUCUGGUCAUAGUCUUCGGCGUGUUACCCAAUCUGAUCGAGAAUCAGGUGAAAGGUCUUCACGGCUCACCAUCGUUCGCUGACAAGUUCUCGCUGCCUACGAAGACUUUGCAAGAUGUGGAUAAAAGAUUCGUGAUGGGAGCUGUGGCUUUUGGUAUUGGUUGGGGCUUGACAGGAACGUGUCCCGGCCCGGCGGUGCUUCGAGCUUUCUCUCAGCCAGUUUGGGGUGCCCUGUGGAUUGGCGGAUUCUGGCUUGGAGGGAAACUGAACAUAUGA